AAAAAUGAUAAGUGUAAAAAUAGAGCAACGAAUCGUCGUGAAAUUUCACAUGAAACUUGGAAAAAGCGCUACUGAAACUUAUCUUUUAUUAAAAGAAGUGUAUGGCAAUGAAUGUUUAUCACAUGCGCGAGUUUUUGAGUGGUUUAAGCGUUUCCAAGAUAGCCGAGAAGAUCAUUCACGCCUAGAUCGCCCUUCCACGUCAAAAACGGAUGAAAAUAUUGAAAAAGCCGGAACAAGAUUUCAGUCCGUUGAAGACUCCGCUGUGAAAGAAAAAGCGGCACGCGUUAUGAAGGAGCUCACAAAAGAGGGACUUCCAGCAAUAUUUCGAACAAUGGAAAAUUCGCAUGGAGCGUUGUAG